AUGCAACAUGAUAAAAUACAUCAGUUGGCAGGGUAUAUGUUGCCAACCAAACUCGGACGGCUGUUGGAGCGAUGCGGUAAGCCCAUUUUUAGUGGCAAGGAUGAUGUGCGGCGGACCAUGGUCGCUUUGCUAGAAAUAUCCGCCUUUGUGGACCGUAAAGGACUAAAAUUCGUGGUUGCCCCCUUCAGGCGGUUCUGCCGCAGGGAUCCUGAUGCCAUCACCAGUGUGAUGGAGCUAGUCCCAAUCUGCCCCACAGAGCCAUCACAUGGCCGAAGAGCCUCAGUAUUACUGCAGUGUCUUCCAAAACAAGGGUGCGACGACGUCAUAUGGGAGCAGGCAGUUCAGGUAUGCCUGUCAGGUCUUCAAGGGAAGAAGUGGGAUUUGCAUGACUAUCGUAUUGCCCUUGCACAUGCAAGUCGGUGGGGUCGCCACCUCAGUUUACUUGGGGUGGCCACGGAAGAACUUGUCAACACGACUGUGCGAAGCGCCUCUCAGAGUGAGCUUCCUGUGUUGUUUGCCAUCCUUACUUCACUACCGGAAUUGAAGAAUUCUUCAUGCCUACAGGCAGCAGCUGAUCGAGUUGUGUCACUGGCAGAAGUCUUGACUCCAGCAGCUAUUGGACAAGUGUGUGCAUGUGCCAAUAAAAUUCAAUUCAAGCAUAGUGCCUUGGCAAUUGCAUUGCAAGAGGAAGCCAUUCGUUUUGCAGAGGAGAGUGAUUUUUUCAGUGCUGUCCAGCUGUUCAGUUUUAUUUGCCAGCAACAGAACGAUGCAAUUAGCCCGGAUGCCAUUAAAUGUCUGGCGGAACGUGUGAUUGAAGGGGAGGACCUGGAUCAAGAGACGGUGAUAACGCUCUGCCGAGCGCUUAAAGCACUUCCUCGACAGGUAAGGCCAGAACUUCUGCGAGACAUCACUGAGAUGAUCAUCUUCCUAAGCCUGGAGGUAAAAGUUAUUUUGUCGCGGUCUGUGGAGGAGGGGGGUCUCAAGGGGGAAACUUCAGUAUCUAAUAUUCAGUCCUUCAUUUCUCGCUUCCUUGCCCUGGACAGCCUGCUUCCAGUGGAUCGUGAGCGACCCAUGGAGUUUACAGGAGCAAUAAAAUUAUGUGUGGAUUACGUCACAGAGAGACUCGAAGACAUUGUCGCGGAUGAAAACCCACCGUUUUCAAUUAUUCCAAAUCUGCUUAAUGUAAAUAUGGAGGAGACCCGACAAUGCGGUCUGGCCAUCAUUCGAGAAGCCGCCGAGCAGGGGAUUCAUUUCCCAACGCUUCAGGCGUUUCGUUUUCUUUUAAUGUUGGGGGAUCAUAACAUGAAGGAUAGGCGCGUCUAUCGACACCUUCGCAAUGAGUUUGCCAAGACAGCUUCCGGUAUUCCUAUGAUUCAGCUGUGUGCCGCCUUGAAGUGCUUUGUGCGAGGCCUCAUACGGACCCCAGAGACCCAUUCUCUGGAAGACCAAGUGGAACGCGAACUAGAGAAGGAGGACAUGGAUGCUUUUCUGCGUUUUUGUGUGGAGAACCUGCAACGGGGAUUUGCGGACGGAAUGGAGAUAAAGUCCGCCCUUGCAGCUACAGAGAGCUUGCACCAGCUCGGAUACACUGACCCUGUGUUUCUCGAAAACGUCGCACGCUACCUUGACACAAAGUGUGCAUCAGCAUCACCGUCCGCGAAUAGUAGUGAGGCAGCCAAUACGGUAUGCCUUGCUCUUGGUGAGGAUAUUCUUGACAAAUACCCUGCCGUCCACAAAUUUCUCUUGGAGGUGCAAACCGAUGGUGUUAGGGGGGAAUCAACACUUCCUCCGACAGAGUGGAUGAACAAGAACGAUCCCUCCAACUUCGUGGUCCCCUUAACGGAACUUCAACAAGAGGGGUGGAACAUCAUUAACCAAAUGAUUGAGACCCGAACUGCAGACACGGAAACGCUGAAAAAAUUGGCCAAGGAUUAUGUUUCCAUUCUUAAAGACACUCGUGUGGAUGACCUCAAAUAUUUAUUUGGUGUAUUUGAGGAGAAAGUACUCAAGGAAGAUAAACUUUUGAAAGAAUGCCUGGAUUACCUUAUGAGCAGCAACAUGGUAUGCAAGCUAUCUGCAACCAGUGUUGGGGCUAUGCUUCAUAGUCUUGCGUCGGUACGGUUUGUGUUUCAUCGAAGCGUCAAACGACUUGUCUUGGCUAUUAGUGCUGAGCAAUGGAAUGAGAUGGAUGCUGGCCCUUUGGUGCAAAUUGUCUCAGGAAUGGCGAAACUUUCACUGCGUGUCCCGCAAGUCUUGACUCAUAUAGGGGAUCGUCUUGUGCGGGUUCAUGCGUUCCUCUCCCCAAUGGAUACGGGGGUUCUUAUUAAUGCGUUUCAGUCCCUUGGGUAUGGCAAUGAUGAAGUGAUGAUGAUGUUAAUGCGUCAUGCCUCAUCAAAUGCUUGCCGUUGGGAUGAAGUGCCUCUCACAUUACUUUUUGGUUCAUCAAGUAUUCAUCGUCUGCUUCGCGAUGUGGAGGUGGCGACUCCACUGUUGGAGCAGGCUACCAAUAAGGCCUCGUCACCCCAUCUUCGACAAAAGAUUGCGGUCUCACUAAGGCGAUCUGCGCUUCCCCGAGAGCUUGUACAGUCUUCAACUGCUGCCUUGACGGGAGGUGGAGGUCAAGAGGCACUGAAGCCGCUUCAAUUAACUUGA